AGAUUUUGCCGGUUGACGGGUAAAGAGUGAACCCACUAUAUAACUAUCUGUACAGUCGCUUUUCAUUUCUCUGCAUGUCGCAUGCCGAUAAAUCAAUGCGUUUUUACUACAGAUCGUUUAUCGGUCAGUAAAGGCAUCUUUUAGCUCCAAACACGUAUGGCCAAACAUGCGGUGUUGUCUUCAGGGGCCAAAUUGUGGCGAUCUUUGCCAUGCGCAAAGUCGGAGCUGCGACUGGAGCUCACCCUUGCUUGUGGACAAACUUUCCGCUGGAGAGAAACUGCAGAGGGGCACUGGACUGGAGUCAUAGGGGGGCGUGUUUGGACCCUGACUCAAACAGAAGACACUCUUUGGUACUAUGUGUACACACACCAGAGUGGAGCUGGUGGAGAAAACAGCUCAGAAGACUCUCUGAGGGCAGAGUCUGUCAGUGCCUCGCACCACUCUGAGGUGGAAGCAGAGAUGCUGAGAGACUACUUCCAGUUGCAUGUGAAGCUGGGGGAUCUAUACAAGGAGUGGGGUGCAGCAGACUCUCACUUCAAGAAGAUUUCUGACAUCUUUACAGGUGUGCGGAUGUUGCGUCAGGACCCCAUAGAAUGCCUUUUUUCCUUCAUUUGCACUUCCAACAACCACAUCUCGCGUAUUCAGGGCAUGGUGGAGAGAUUGUGUCAGACUCUGGGGAGCCCUCUCUGUCAGCUGGAUCAAACCUCCUACCAUGACUUUCCGACACUGUCCGCACUGGCAGACAGCGGUGUAGAGGAACGUCUCAGGGAUCUGGGCUUUGGCUACAGAGCUCGGUUCCUUCAGCAGAGUGCUAAGCAGAUCCUGGACACACACGGGCCCCAGUGGCUUGUUGGUUUACGAAACGUCCCGUAUCUGGAGGCCCGUGAUUCUCUCCGAACCCUCCCUGGAGUUGGCACCAAAGUGGCAGACUGUGUUUGUCUGAUGUGUCUGGAUAAGUGUGAGGCCGUUCCUGUGGACACACAUGUUUGGCAGAUCGCUAAGCGGGACUAUAAGUAUACUUCUGAUAACGGACAAAAGACCCUCACAGAAAAAGUUCACAAAGAUAUAGGGGAUUUUUUCAGAAAGCUGUGGGGGCCAUAUGCAGGUUGGGCCCAUUCGGUACGUAUCAUCAUCCACUAUGUUUCCAUCUCUUUCACUGUGGAUCUGCUGCUACCACUUAUUUGCCUCUUUCAGGUUUUAUUCUGUGGUGACCUCAAGAAGUUUCAGAACCUCAAAGAAAUGACAGGUUUAAAGCAGCCAAAAAACGAAGAAGAGCGUGAACGAGAGUGCAAGGGACUAAAAAUGAAGAGAGAGUUUGAUUUGCAUCAAAAAAAGAAGAAACCCAAGUCGGAACGUCAGAAGAAGGCAAAGAUGUUCGUCAAGACAGAAGAGGUGUGAAACCAUAGAUCUUUGAUCAGAUCAGACAAACAUGCACUGGUAUUAUUGUUUACAAACGUCAUGGAAAUUGGUUCAUGGUUAUAUAAUCUCUUUUUUUAAAAUCUGAUGAUACUAUAAAAAACUUUUAUGAUGCUCUUUUAUGACUUUAGAACUAUAAAACGGAGAGUACAGUGUGGAUUGUUUUACAAUAUGGUUAUUAAAAAAAUUAUGAGCCUGUAAAUUUUAAUAUUGAUUGUCUUUUUCAUUUAAAGUAAGCAGAAUAAAGGUAUUUAAGACCUAUUGGUUUAAUAUAAUAUUUGGACCACAAAUGUUGGAUUUUCAUUAGCUUUAUCAUAAUUAACUGGAAUAAAGACUCGAGAACAUCAAUCUGUGUGUAAUUAAGCUACACAAUGUGUUUCACUUAUUGAAUUGAGUUACUCAAAAAAUGAACUUUUCAGUGAUAUUGGAGUUCAUUGAAUGGAUCUGUAUAUAUUGAACCACUAGUCUCUUCCAUUGUAAAUUAUUUGAACUGAAACGCUUGAAAAUCAUUGAUCGAAAAUAAAUUUUUAGAAGUUUAAAUUUCUAAUAUAGUUUGUGUUUCCAGCCUUUCUUACUGUGUAAAGUGCUGAAUCAGUGCUUCUGUUUUGUUGUUGUUGUUAUUUCUUUGUUUGUUCUCUGCGAGUUCUGCUUCGGCUGUUCUUAACGCCCAGUCAGUCAUCGGACAUCAUUUCCUGUGAAGCAGGUUGUUUCUGUCCACUGUUACAAUUUGCUUACUCAGUGAGGAGGAGUGGCUCUAAAGUCUUUCACAGUAUUGUAUUAUAACUAGCAUUGAAAUGGAAUGUAUUCCACUAUAUUUGAAUGUGUCUGUAUGGUUGGGUUAAAUUAAAUUCAUAUUUCUAUGCAUUUAGACAUGAACUGGAUGCUUUGAGAUGGAAAGUGCCUUAGAUUAUUAUUAUUUUCUAUA